AUGUCAGCAAAUCUCGUGACAAACGCUAAAAAUGCCCUGAUAGAGCUUCCUACACCAGCGACGUUCGGUUGGUUAGAUAGCACCGUAGCACUUCAUUGGCUUCUCGGAAACGGUUCAUACAAACAGUUCGUCGCGAAUCGCGUACGGAAGAUAAGAGAGCACACUGAGAUCCAGUGGAGGUACGUGCCUUCAGAAAAGAAUCCUGCAGACAUCGCCAGUCGAGGUGGAACUAUCGCUGACAACUCGUGGUUGUGUGGCCCAGAUUGGCUUGCCGAUCCUCGCCGCUGGCCAGAAAACCGAGUAGCAAAGAAAUCGCCUGCAUCUGAGGUCGAAGCCCAAGUCAUGAAGGAAGUGCUUAGCGUCGCACAUGAAAGAGACAACGAUCUGAAGAACGACCCCUUCGAGAACCUUCUCCGACGUCACGACCUGCUGCGAGCACUCCGAAUAACUGCCUGGGUACGCCGCUUUACGACGAAGCGUCAUCGUAAGGGCCCUUUGUCGGUUGAUGACAUAAGAGAAGUUCGAAACUGGUGGAUCAAACGGGAACAAGCGAGAGACUCCCUAAGUCCCCACUUCGAACAUACAAAGCAGACCCUCAACCUAGUCGAGAAUCAACACGGGAUUCUAGAGUGCCGCGGAAGAAUCAAAGGACAUUACCCCAUAUACCUUCCAACCAACUCCGAGUUCACCAAGAGACUGGUGCAGAGAUACCACGUAGAAACCCUUCAUGGCGGCGUGGGGUUAACGAUGGCAGCAGUGCGCGAGAAUUAUUGGGUUCCAACUCUAAGACGCUUAGUGAAGGUCGUUCGGUCAAAGUGCUAUGGCUGUAAGCGAUUUACAACAACGGCGAUCGUGAAACCAAUGCCAGGAGAUCUACCCAAAGACCGAACCACCGGCGGAACGGCGUUCGAAGUGAUCGGCACGGACUUCGCGGGUCCUAUUCGGUAUAAACGUUCCAAUAAACGCGAAAGCAAGAGCUACCUAGUCAUCUUCUCAUGUAGUUUGUCGAGGGCGGUCCAUCUCGAGCUGAUGAGAAACCUCGAAACGACAUCUUUCAUUCCUUGCUUUAAACGACUCGUCGCACGACGCGGGCGCCCGAGAACCAUCUACUCUGACAAUGGAACUACGUUCGUCAAGGCCUCGAAGUGGUUGAAGCAAAUAAGGAACGACGAACGUGUGCAAGGUCUUUUGCAACAGUACGACGUGUCGUGGAAAUUUAACCUGAGCAGAGCCCCGUGGUGGGGUGGUCAGUUCGAGCGAUUGAUCGGUGUUGUAAGGAACGCUAUGUAUAAGGUGAUUGGCGGAGCGACGCUGACGUGGUCGGAAUUGAUCGACGUUCUGCUGGAUGUAGAAAUCCAAAUAAACCGACGACCGCUUAGCUACAUGGAAGACGACGUGGAACUACCAGCCCUAACCCCUUGCACAUUCUUAUUCCAACGAACCAGUGAGCUACCUGAAAGUGAACCAUGGCGGAUCGACGAUGAAGACCUAAGAAAGCGAGCGAAAUAUUUAACGACGUGCAAGAAUAGCUUGUGGAGGAGAUGGCAACGCGAAUACCUGACGGCGCUCCGAGAACGUCACAGCCUGGUCCACAAAACGCAGAAAUACGAGGUUUCUGAAGGGGACGCGGUAAUCGUAAAGACAGACGACAAGAAUCGAGGAAAAUGGCCACUGGCGAUAGUGGUAAAAUUAUUUCCAGGAUCAGAUGGUCGGACGAGAGCCGUUCAGCUCAAAACGAAGAAUGGAGUGAUAGAAAGACCCGUCCAACAUCUUUAUCCUCUGGAACUCCAGUGUGAUACAAAAGGGAACGCAAAGAAAGCUCAAGACAAAUUGAACCCGGACGCCCGAGCGUUCACACCUAAAACAGCGGCUGCCGCAGAUGCCCAAGCGAAAAUAACCGCCAUAGCUGAAUGCGAAGAAGACAUUUGA